GACCCAAUUCUGCGCAACACCCUGCGGUAUACCAUCUCGGCGCGCGAGUACGCGCUGCUGCAUCGGUACAUACUCUCGCGCUCGCGUGAGGUCAAGAAGCGCGUACCGAGCGUCGAGACCGUGAAUAAGAUCAUGAACGGCGAUCCUGGCAAAGAAGCAGCAGGUGGAGGCGGCGGGGGGCUUAGGUCGUUGGACAUCCAGGACGUGGGGAGCACGAGCGCUGGUGCGGGAGCGGGCGCUGGGGCCAUGGUCGGUGCUGACGACUAUAACGCGCGCGCCGUCAGGCACUCACUUCGCGUGUUUGGCGCGACCGCUGCGGCGCUGAAGGUGUAUGGGCUAGUUACAGAGAAGUUUAUGGGCGCCAAGAGGGUUCCGAACGCGAACAAGCAACCUCUGUAUAAGUCGCCAGUGUUCCGACUGUCAUUAUCCUUGAGCUCGAUUCUGCUGCUCUAUCGGUUCCUGUAUCGCUUCUUCUGGCGGUUCCGACAGGCGAUCCUCGAUCCCAACGCCGAGCCCUUCCGGAUGCGCAACCCGCUCGUGACGCGGGCCUUGACGUCCAUCUAUACGCCUGCGAUUGGCGCCUCGAUGGCAGGUCUGGCCCUCGGUGUGUAUCCGGCAGAGCAGUUGCGCGUGACGAUUGCCAUAUACGCUGCGUUCCGUGCGUUGGAGUUCGGGUGGAACCAUGUUGAGGAUACCGGCAUGGUCUGGGGCCGGGAGAAGAAUGGCCGGCUGAGGAAGAGACCAUGGUGGUUCGGCAGCUGGAUGGUGCAGCCUUUUGCGUUUGGCCAGCUGUUGCAUGCUUUUGUCUUUGACUACGACUGCUUCCCUACGGCUUACGGCGACUUUAUCCUGAAAAACUCGUCGUCCUAUAUACACAAGCGACCAAAGGACUAUCCUGCUGCUCUGAGAUGGCCGAGCACACGACAGGUCGUAGACAGUCUGGCUCAAAUGGCUAAAUUGAAUUGGCCACCACACGUCUCACCAAUCCUCUUCCCCGACAAGGAAGAGACCCUCCCGCCAACCCUGAGGCACAUCGCACCCCUUACCGACCCAGCACACCCGCUCAUCACCUCUCUGAGCUGUGCCCUUCUUCACCCCGACGACCCGUCCUGCACCAAGACCUUUAUUACCUUCUGGGCGCGCUCGUUCCCGCUGCUGGCCCGCUUCUUCCUGGUCAUUUACUCGGCCUUCAUGAUCCCACGGUACAAGGCCCUGUACCAUGCCCCUGUCACCACCAUGUACAAGCUCCUCAAGCGCGUCCUCAGCAUGUCGACGUUCGUGACAGGCUCCAUCUCCACCGCCUGGGCCUCCAUCUGCUUCUUCCAGAACUGGCUCCCCCGCUCGUUCCUCGCCACCCAGCGCUUCUUCCUGGGCGGGUUCCUCGCGGGGUUCUGGGCCUGGGUCGAGCGCAGGAACGGCAGGGGUGCGUUCCUCUAUUCCGCGCGCGUCAGCGUGGACUCCCUGUGGAAGGUCGGUGUCAAGAGGCGGUGGUGGAAGGCGAUGCGCGCCGGCGACGUGUGGGUGUUUGUGCUUGCGGUCAUGCUCACGGGCAUGGUCUAUGAGAAGGAUAAAGAGGCCGUGCGGGAGGAGAGCUGGCGGAAGGGCCUCAGCUGGAUCAGGGGCCAGGGGUUCAGGGACUGGGCGAUGGAGGCGAUCGAGGAUGCCGAGGAGGAGGAGGAGGAGCAGCAG